AUGGAAGUUGUGCCGGUUUGCAACGCGCGUUCAUCGCCGCCGGGUGCACCAAAAGAAUGGGUGGUUCGAAUCGCUUAUCGUAUUCCGAAAACUCCGGAACACGAAGCGGCACUGAAUCGACAUAUCGCCGAAUUGAUCAUUUUUGACACAAACUAUUGUCAAAGUAUUGCAGAGUUCCACGAAAUAAAAGGACCUAUGCUAGCUUUUCUUAUAAAUUUCAUUAGCUCUUCCAUCAAACAGGAUCAUUUUACUGAAGGUGAAAAUCAAUUCGCAAUUUUCAAAUAUGCGGUAGAGGAGAAUGAAGAACGAUUACCACUUCAGUUCGAUCAAAAUAUGCCUGAAUACUGCGAAUAUGAGGAGAUCGAUGAGUGUAAUCAAAGUGUUAAUUAUUGGGAUCCACGAAGGUUAACGAAUGCUCACCGAACGGUUGGAAAUGCGGUUAAUACCUUAUUGUCUCCGUACAGUGAUGUGAAAAAUAUGAGCAAUUACCCGAAUAACUGGAACGCGCGAAAUCCUAGCUCUAUUAAUGAUGCAUUCGAGCAGGCCAAUACUUAUCAGGCAUUCCAACAGCAUCCUACUCAGCAAAGACUAUCGCUCUAUUACUCACAGAUGCAGCCUCUUCCGCAUCCGAUUCAUCAAAUCGAGAAUAUGGCGAUGCAGCAGCCGAGACCGCCCAUCAUGACGCAUUUGUCGCACACCGUGCAGCCUCGAACUCCCUCAAUGGUUCCGGUUAUCUCGCAUUCGAUGCCGGUGGUGCCACAACAUCAACAAAAUCAGCUACACCAACACCAGCAACAACCUCAACUAUAUAAUCCUCUUAUUCCGCUGGGUGAUUCGCAAGAGGUUUCUAGACAUUCUGAAGAGAAUGAUGAGACAAUGAUGAGCAGAAGAACACGUAGAGCACCUGUCAAAAAUUCGCCUCAACCACGACCGGCACGUCACCGAACUGCGGCGAAAGCACCGCGAUCGAAAAAAAAUGUUGAAGGCGAUGAUGUAGCUAUUUCGAAAGCACGAAACCGCAGAAAAGCGGUUGCGGUAUCGCCGAAUAUGGAAGAGAGAGCAGAACAGCAACGAGAUGAACAGCAGGGAGUACACACGCGAACCCGGAGAAGAGCCGUCAUUAAAUCUCAUGAUUCAUCGCCAAAUCCGUCGCAACAAAGCGGUUCUGCUGAACUCCUUCUCGAAGAUGUACACGAGCCACAAUCGGUCGAAAUGGUUGACCAGUCUCUUGAAUAUCCGAUUUCCACUGAUCCUAUUCGACCAAAUAUGCAGUCAUCACAAUCAUCAUCGCACAUCGCUCCAAUUGAACCACAAACGCCUCCAGAGCCAUCUACAACCGUUGAUGUUAUUAUGAAUAACGUGCUUGAGACAUCUGAUCAACCGGGACCAGGUAACCAAUGA